AAUCGGCCUUCCGUUUACAAAUGUAGAAACGAUUGACGUCACACACAGAUCAAGGUAAAGGUGGCGCUCGUGCACACCAAAAGUCUAUAGAUGAGCGAAGAAGAAUCCAAGAUGGACGCCUACUCAGCAAAGCAAAAUCCCCUGUAUGCUACCUUUUGACUACUUUUAAACAAAUAUGAACCAUACUUCCAGAAACUUCAAGAUAAGCGAGGGUACGGCUAACCAGCUCAGCAUCACAACCACCAUCAUCAUCAUCAUGGCGGACCAAGGCGAAGCCCCCGCUCCGGUCCAGUCGCCGCAACCAUCGCCGACAACCAGCUGGCCAAUUAGCAGGGAGUCGUACGAGCUACAGGAAGUCAUCGGCAGCGGGGCCACAGCGGUGGUGCAGGCAGCUCUUUGCACCCCCAGACAAGAGCGCGUCGCCAUCAAGAGGAUCAACCUGGAAAAAUGCCAAACCAGCAUGGACGAGUUAUUGAAAGAAAUCCAAGCAAUGAGCCAAUGCAACCAUCCCAAUGUUGUCACCUACUACACUUCCUUCGUUGUGAAGGAUGAGCUGUGGUUAGUCAUGAAGCUUUUGAGCGGAGGCUCCAUGCUGGAUGUUAUCAAGCACACAAGCAAAGAGGAGGAUAGGAAUCUGGAUGAGCCAAUCAUUGCCACCAUCCUAAAAGAAGUCCUGGAGGGCCUGGACUACUUGCACAGGAACGGACAGAUUCACCGAGAUGUGAAAGCUGGAAAUAUUCUACUGGGAGAAGAUGGCUCUGUGCAGAUUGCAGAUUUUGGCGUGAGCUCCUUCCUCGCCACAGGGGGCGAUAUGACAAGAAACAAAGUUCGAAAGACCUUUGUGGGCACGCCCUGCUGGAUGGCACCAGAAGUGAUGGAACAGGUUCGAGGUUAUGAUUUCAAAGCAGACAUAUGGAGUUUUGGAAUAACGGCCAUAGAACUAGCAACAGGGUCCGCUCCCUAUCACCGCUACCCCCCCAUGAAAGUCUUAAUGUUGACGCUGCAGAACGAUCCACCCACUCUGGAGACUGGUGUGGAGGACAAGGAAAUGCUCAAGAAGUAUGGCAAGUCGUUCAGGAAGCUCAUAUCUUUGUGCCUUCAGAAGGAACCUGCCAAAAGGCCGACAGCUGCAGAGCUUUUGAAAAGUAAAUUCUUCCAAAAAGCUAAGAACAGAGAAUAUCUGGUUGAAAAGCUUUUGUGUCGUGCACCAAAGAUAUCCCAGAGAGCAAAGAAGGUGAGACGGGUUCCAGGCUCCAGCGGUCACUUGCACAAAACUGAGGACGGAGACUGGGAGUGGAGCGACGACGAGCUGGACGAGGGCAGUGAGGAAGGCAAGGCGGCGGUGAACCAGGGCAGGUCACGGCGGGUCAAGGAGGACACCAAAGAUGAUGAGGAGCAUGUCAACAAUGUUCCUCUUGAUGGAUUAUCCAUCCAACACCCCCAGGUGGAGCCCUUUGGGGAUCGUUCAUACUCUCAAGGCGCUGUGAACAUGGUGCUGCGGCUACGGAACUCCAAGAAGGAGCUGAAUGACAUCCGCUUUGAAUUCACUCCAGGGCGAGACACUGCUGAUGGUGUUUCCCAAGAGUUAUUCUCAGCCGGUCUGGUCAGCGAGCAUGACGUUGUCACGGUGGCUGCUAACCUUAGGAAGAUUGUAGAUGACCCAACUACCUACAAAGUAUUGACCUUUAAGCUGAUAAGACUAAAGAGAUGAUCAUCGACCCAAGAACAAGGGAAAAGGAGCCGCAUAAACCCCUGUUUAUUGAUGAGACUGAGGUGGAGAGGGUGAAAACCUUCAAGUUCCUUGGCACACACAUCAGCGAGGACCUCACCUGGUCUCACAACACCCAACAAAUUAUGAAGAAGUCCCAAAGGAGACUGUACUUCCUGAGAAGACUGAGGAAAUUUGGCAUGUCCACCAAAAUCCUUAGUUGCUUCUACAGAUGCACUAUCAAAAGUGUCCUUACAGCCUCCAUCACUGUUUGGUACGGUAACUGGACAACACGUGAUAGGAAGGCACUCCAGCGGGUGAUCAAGACCUCACAGAACAUUGUUGGGGCAGUCCUCCCCUCACUGCAAGACAUUUAUAAAACUAGAGUCCUACGCAGAACACACAACAUCAUCAAGGACAGCACACAUCCACAACACUCAUUAUUCACACUCCUACCGUCAGGCAGACGCUACAGGAGUUUGAAGUCCAGGACCACAAGGCUGGCUAACAGCUUUUACCCAUAGGCCAUCAGGCUUCUCAACGAAGCACUCACACACACCGCACGCAACACAUGCACACACUCAUAACACUUUAUUUAUUUAUUUGUAUCAUUUUUUCUGUAUUAAUGUCUCUUCUGUUGUUGUUGUUGCUUAAUUUAUUGGUACAUACAGUAUGUUUCUUAUGUUCUUAUUCUUUUUCUUGUGUUUUCUUUCUUUUCUUGGGAGAAUGAACAGAAUAAGAAUUUCAUUGCAUAGUAUAACUGCCUGUUUUACUAUGCAUAUGACAAUAAAACUCUUGAAUCUUGUAUCUUGAAUGAACAGUAAAUUGGCAAAAAUGGUAUUUGUAGUUCAUGGCGCCAGUCAUGACGAACUAGUCCUCGGAGCUCAGCUGCAUUUGUGGAAGUGAUGUACUGGGGAUAAUGCUGCUCCGCGAAAGCAGAGUAAAAAAAAACACUUCUCGACUUUGUUCAGUAUAUUUUUCAUCAAAAUAGUUGUCAUGCCAAAAUGUUGUGUUGCUGCUGGAUGUUGACAGUAUCCGAGUGAUACUGUAAGUUUAUUUUCUUUUCCAAAAGAUUUAAGACAAUGGACGAAGCAAGUGCAGAGAACGAGAGACAGAAGGCUGCCUUGAAUUCUGCCCUUUACAGUGAUCAUUUCACUGAUACUGCUUCGAAGGAACGCCUUUAAAAGAAGCAUUUGGCUUGAAAGUACGGUAUAAACGAAAAAGCAUGCUAUUCCACCAGUAAACAGGAAAAUACAUCAAAACAACAAAGAAUGACCACUACGCCAAAGUUGCACAGAAGAGAGUCAGUCUUGUUUCCAUAAUGUCUUCUAAACACUAUUCCAUUAUAGCAACAAGGCUGCAAAACAUUACACAUGUUAUAUAAACAUCUUUUCACAGCGAUGUUUACUUGGGGAGGGCAGCAGCAAUGGUGAUCAUUCACCAUCGGCACGAGGCCACAUGUACAUUAAAACAGACUAUAAAAAACCCCGCACAUUAAGAAUCCAAUUUAAAUCGAAGGAUGAGCGACCUCAGAGUAACUUACCAUUCUGUGUUUUGAAGACGACUAAUCUCCAUCUCCAUGUCUUAAGGCUUAAAUUGCCUAUGACACCAACAAACAAAAUAAAAGUUCUCACUUAAUAAAACAUUUUUGUCAUACUGCUCUCAUGGAUAACUAAACACCUAUGAAAUAGGAGUGGAAUGAAGUGGUUAUUUUGACAUGCCACCCAGCGAGUUUCUGAACCGCCACCAUUUUGUUCACCAUGUUUCUUACUCCUGAAGCUAUUAACCCAUCGCUUAAGUCUUUGCUAUAAUCACUGUAAACAUCCUCCGUCUUGCACACCGCUAUGUUUAUGUACCUGAGCGGUGUUAGCCUGAUUACAUCACUCCCGGAAAUGAGGCUGAGCUGUGAGAACUAAUUCACCAUGGCUGCUGCCAUCAACUACAAAUGUCAUUUUUGCCAAUUUACUGUUUGCUAUCAACAAAUACAACAAUGAAGAACAUAAUUACAAACAAUUAGGCCUGUCACAAUAACAAAUUUUGUUGGACGAUAAUUGUCCUACUAAUUUUUGUCAGCUAUACACCUACCAUGGUUCACUUUAUUUUCUACUACCACACCAUAAACCAGCUCGAAUAUAAGAACUGUAUGACAAAUUGUAUUUUACAAUAAUAAUCAUGCUCUGUUUUGAUGGAGACCAAGGAGGUACGAAUGUAACAAGUCUUUUAUUUUUGUACUUGGCACUGACACUCUCUUCAUUCCAUAAUUCCCAUCUCUUCCUCACAUCACAGACAAAUUCAUCUUCACACAGGAUUUGGGGUGUGGGAGCAGUUCAUGCUGUUAUUUAGUCCCAAGCGUUUCAGUGAUGGCUAAUGCUGUCCGUCCAUCCAUCCAUCUUCUAACCGAGAUAGGGUUGCGGGGGCAGCAGCCUAAGUGGGGAGGCCCAGAUUUUCCUCUCCCCAGCCACUUCGUCCAGCUCCUCCCGGCGGAUCCCGAGGCGUUCCUAGGCCAGUUCGGAAACAUAGUCUCUCCAACGUGUCCUGGGUCUUCCCCGAGGCCUUCUACCGGUCGGAUUUGUCCUGAACACCUCCCCAGGGAGGCAUCCUGACCAGAUGCCCAAGCCACCUCAUCUGGCUCCUCUCAAUGCGGAGGAGUAGCGGUUCUACUCCGAGUCUCUCCCGGAUGACAGUGCUUCUCACCUUAUCUCUAAGGGAGAGCUGAGCCACUACCUUUCAGUCACUACCCAAAGCUCAUGACCAUAGGUGAGUGUAGGAACGUAGAUCGACCGGUGAAUUGAGAGCUUUGCUUUUCGGCUUAGCUCUCUCUUCACCACAACAGACCGAUGUAGAGUCCGCAUCACUGCAGACGCCGCACCAGUUCGCUUGUCGAUCUCACGUUCCAUCCUUCCCUCACUCGUGAACAAGACCCCAAGAAACCUAAACUCCUCCACUUGGGGCAGGAUCUCAUCCCCGACACGGAGAUGCCAUUCCACUCUUUUCCGGGCGAGAACCAUGGACUCGGACUUGGAGGUGCUGAUUCUCAUCCCGGCUGCUUCCUACUCGGCUGUGAACCGAUCCAGUGAAAGUUGAAGUUCACGGCUCGAUGAUCCGGUGGAUCCUCCUCUCCAGAACCCCUGAAUAGACCUUACUAGGGAGGCUGAGGAGUGUGUUGGAACACACCCUGCGGUCCCCCUUCUUAAAAAGGGGGGACCACCACCCCGGUCUGGCAAUCCAGAGGUACUGCCCCCGAUGUCCACGCGAUGCUGCAGAGUCGUGUCAACCAAGACAUUCCUACAGCAUCCAUGGCCUUAAGGAACUCCGGGCGGACAUCAUCCACCCCCGGGGUCCUGCCACCGAGGAGCUUUUUGACAACCUCAGCAACCUCAGCCCCAGAGAUAGGAGAACCCACCGUGGAGUCUCCAGGCUCUGCUUCCUCACAGCAGAACAAGGGAAUCGCCUAAGGGAGCACUCUCCAGUACUUCCUCUAGAGACUCCAAAAAGGGUGGGUAUUCUGAACUGCUGUUUGGCGCAUAAGCACAAACAACAGUCAGGACCCGUCCCCCCCACUCAAAGGCGAAGGGAAGCCCCCCUCUCGUUCACCGGGUUAAACUCCAACAAUAAGCCGGGGCGCAACAAGAAUUGCCACCCCUGCCCGUCGCCUCUCACUGCUGGCAAUGGCAGAGUGGAACAAAGUCCAGGCUGAUGCUGUGUGAUAAUAAAAAAAAAAACAGCCAUUCCAUCUUCUGCUGCCCAAAAACAUUAAUUUCAUCUGUUGUGACAGAUCACAGUUUUAUUUGGGCGUGAAUUACUAUGUACCUUUUAACAUGCUAAACACAAGUAGCUCACCAAAAGACAUGCAAUGCAUGUCUGCAUCGACUUUAUAAACUUAUUCAAAGUAAUCAGGGAGUACUUGUGUUACUGCAGACCUGCCAACAUGUACAAAGUUAUCGUACUCAACGUGCAAUUUGACUCUUGAAUAUGCCUGUGAAUUUUCUCAUUCGUCCAGGUCAUGGUGUUCUCAGAGCAUUCAGUCGAUCGCAACUGGACUGUUCAGGGGAUAGGGGAUAAUGGUGACCCCAUAGCACAACCAUGCUUUUUGCUGUAAAAAGUUUCCAUGAAAUGAAAAUAUGUUGUAUUGAAGCUAUGUUCCAGCAAAUGACAUUUAUUCUGGGUUGAGUACAGAUCUGUCUUGAAGGGUGUGGUCGAGGUGUAAACGUUGCCUCAUAGUUGUCUACGACACCACCUUUCUCCCACAUACAAUGCUGCCCUUUCAUCCCUUUCCAAAAGACUAAUAAACAAGGCAUAGCCACUUUAUUUUCAGAUGGGUCUGUGACCAUAGUUACAUCUGAAUGGAAUGCUAACGAAGGUGAUACCACCCAAACGACCAUCAUUGGCGGGCAGAGGCCCCAUUCCACUGUAUCCAAACAGUCGUCAUCUGACAACACUAAAGAGCCAACCAUUCCUGUCUGGACCUGCCUCCUCCUUUAGAGGAUCUUGCACCAGGCUCUCAGACUAGAGCUGUCCUAUCUAGUCUGACUGGUGUGUGUCCCACCUAGUCUUUGAGCAUGAACUGAUUAAGCCUCCUCAGAUUAGAGGCGAAACAUCUUCGAAGACAACCUGAACAGUCCAGCUGUGACUCUUGAACACGCUUGUAUUAGGGGUGGGAAAAGUUUUUGAAUUGCUACAUUGAGUUAGACCGCAUCAAAUAACAAAAUACAAUAUUACUUUUUUUGUAUAAGACACCUGGAAUGUACAUGAAUAAAGGAUGUGAUAUACAAUAUGGCAACUAUGAACACUAAAACAUUCACGAUUAAAGAGUAUGUGAAUGUCCCCCCUUUUUUAAUUCCCAGACAGUGCAGUGGGUAGGUUAAGUUGUGUGACACGUAUUUUUUUUUUUACUUGUUUGUUUGGCACCAUGGGUGAGGUAGUUGUCUGGCUCACGACAUGUGAAAAGCUACUUAAACCAUCAAAAGGUUCUGUCAGAUUGACUCUGACUAUUUGCAUGUCAUGUUUCCAGCUUGUAUGUUAAAGGUUUAAAUACUUUGGAAGCAACCGGCAGGCCAGAUUCAAACGCUUGGCGGGGCGCAUGUGGCCCCCUGGCCGUAGUUUGCCCACCCCUGGUUGUGUGCUUCGCAGCUCUCCAUUUUGUUGCAUUUAGCUGGUUUCACUUUUGAGUUCAGUCUGUACAGUACAGAAAAAUAAAUAGAUAUCUAGAUAGAUCUUGCACCAGGCUCUCAGACUAGAGCUGUCCUAUCUAGUCUGACUGGUGUGUGUCCCACUUACUCUUUGAGCAUGAACUGAUGAAGCCUGCUCAGGUGAGAGGUCGAACAUCUUCUACGACAAUGUGAACAGUCCAGUUGCGAUUGAUUGAAUGCCCUGAGAAUACAAUGACCUGGAUGAAUGACAAUAU